AAUACUGCUCUGUCAGCUUGUCCCAACACAACAGAGGCAAACAGCAGCCAGCAGCAGCUCGAGAGGUGCAGAGACAAUCAGAGAAUGGAAUCGGUGGCAAGUGUCUACAUAUUCAGCGUUCUUGCUCUGGCUGCGGCUGUGAGUGACCCCACUCUGACCCCUGGCCCGGUGACCCGACCGACAGUCAUCGCCCCGCACAACCAGUCCAGGGUCCAGGAGACGCACCACGGAAAUCCCAGUCCCCCCAUGGCGCUGAGCUCGAAAACGUCCUGUCUUCAAAGUGACCAAGAUUAUUGUAUGAACGGCAUUUGUCAAUAUCACGAAAACUCCGACCUGGUCACAAAAUAUCGUAUCUGCGUCUGUCAUCCGGGAUACUCGGGGUCACGGUGUCAAUAUGCACCAUUGUCAACACGCACACUGGAGAAGUCGGAACGCUACCUGUACAUUGCGGUGGGGAUUGGGAUCGGACUGUCGCUCAGUGGGCUCGCCGUCGUGCUGUUUUACUGCUUGCGGUGGAGGGCCCAGAAACGUAAGAUGAGGUACGGUGCGUGUCCGAGGCAGGCAAAUGUUUGACGACUCUGGUGGAUGACCCUGGCCCUCUGGUCUGAUCAGCUGACCCACCGACGGAAACCGGCAGCCCAGAACCGCGAGGAAUUCUGCAACUGUACAUUACACUAAACAACCCAAGAAUGAAUCACACUUCAGGCACCUCUCCCGGCCUUUGUUAAUCCACCCCGGCAAAGUCUUACAAGCUAACUGGGAAAAGUCCGUUCAAUGCUCCAUUCCAUGCCGACUCAAUGUGGACCCAAGUGUUCAUGACUUGCAUCAACGAUGUGGAUGACAGGACCAAGUAUCAUCUGUACAAGUCUUGCAGUGCUCGGUGGCAUUGUGAGGAGGCAGGAGGAGGUGAAGAGGCUUCGUGGAGGGAAUGGCCAAGGGUGUGGUGGGUGGAGGAUAAUGACGGAUAUCAUCCACUUUGGUGCAUAUUGAGGGAAGUUUUCAUUGAAACUCAACGAAUACUGAAAGGCCUGGAUAGAGUUGAUGUGGAGAGGAUGUUUCCACUAGUGGGAGAGUCUAGGACCAGAGGAGGUUUACGAGAAUGAUCCCAGGGAUGAUUGGGUUAA